AUGCAUGUUCGGCAACUUCUCAUUAUCUCCAGCCUUAUCCUCGCGGGUAAUAUCGCCUUUGGGGCAGACCUGGACCAAGAUGACGUCCCCAGUGGUUGUCACUCGGCCUGCGACCCCCUCUACAGAUCAGACAAUCCACCCGAUAAUGACAACGGUGACGACAAUACCGAUGACGUAGUCCAGUGCUUGACUAUCAUAUCUGAGCAGACGCAUAUGAUAUACUCACUGCCUGCAACCUUUCCACCACGUCUUAUACCCCUUCCUCUACUGGCCGUCGCGUCAGGAUCAGGAGACAACACAGCACAUCGAGCGCGCAUCAAUCUUCGUCCGCCCAUCACUCGCCUUCCUCUAGUAGCCAUACUGGAAGACAGCACAGCACGUCGAGUGUGCACCAUUCCUCGUCCUCUCGCCACUCACCUUCAUCUACUGGCCAUUGGUUUGGAAGACAAGGCAGUUCAUCGAGCGCGCAUCAAUCUUCGUCCACCCGUCACUCGCCUUCCUCUAGUAGCCAUACUGGAAGACAGCACAGCACGUCGAGUGUGCACCAUUCCUCGUCCUCUCGCCACUCACCUUCAUCUACUGGCCAUUGGUUUGGAAGACAAGGCAGUUCAUCGAGCGCGCAUCAAUCUUCGUCCACCCGUCACUCGCCUUCCUCUAGUAGCCAUACUGGAAGACAGCACAGCACGUCGAGUGUGCACCAUUCCUCGUCCUCUCGCCACUCACCUUCAUCUACUGGCCAUUGGUUUGGAAGACAAGGCAGUUCAUCGAGUGUGCACCAUUCUUCGUCCAGUCAUCGCUCGUCUACCCCAACGCAUUCCCCUACCCAUGCACCUCGGUACCAACAAUGACAACAGUAUUGAUAUCCCAGACACAACCGAUAUACAAGGGGUGAGGAAGUCUGUUUGA